AUGCUGAAGUCGAUUGGUAUCGACGAUCUGCUUCACUUUGACUUCAUGGACCCGCCGCCGCCGGAGACCUUGAUCAAGGCUCUCGAGCAGCUGUAUGCGCUAAGUGCCUUGAAUGACCAGGGCGACCUGACAAAAUUGGGCCGGCGCAUGGCAGAGUUUCCGAUGGACCCGCAGCAGUCGAAGUCGCUGAUCCAGGCUGACAAGUACAAGUGUGUGGACGAGGUGGUCACCAUCUGCAGCAUGCUGGGCGUGGAUGGCGCUAUCUUCUACCGACCAAAGGACAAAGGCAUCCACGCGGACAAUGCGCGGAAGAACUUCCACAAGCCUGGCGGCGACCACAUGACGAUGCUGCACGUCUACAAGCAGUGGGAAGAAACUGGCUACUCCUUGAAUUGGUGCAUGGAGAAUUACCUGCAGAACAGGUCUCUGAAGCGUGCACGUGACAUCCGGGAGCAGCUCGUCGACAUGCUGGAGAAGGUGGAGAUCGAGCAUUCCUCCAAUGUCAAUGAUCUCGAUG